GACGCGGGUUACACCUGACCCUGAGGUAGGGGAGAGACGCGGGUUACACCUGACCCUGAGGUAGGGGAGAGACGCGGGUUACACCUGACCCUGAGGUAGGGGAGAGACGCGGGUUACACCUGACCCUGAGGUAGGGGAGAGACGCGGGUUACACCUGACCCUGAGGUAGGGGAGAGACGCGGGUUACACCUGACCCUGAGGUAGGGGAGAGACGCGGGUUACACCUGACCCUGAGGUAGAGGAGAGACGCGGGUUACACCUGACCCUGAGGUAGGGGAGAGACGCGGGUUACACCUGACCCUGAGGUAGGGAGAGACACGGGUUACACCUGACCCUGAGGUAGGAGAGACACGGGUUACACCUGACCCUGAGGUAGAAGAGAGACGCGGGUUACACCUGACCCUGAGGUAUGAGAAAGACGCGGGUUACACCUGACCCUGAGGUAGGAGAGACACGGGUUACACCUGACCCUGAGGUAGGAGAGACACUGGUUACACCUGACCCUGAGGUAGGAGAGACACUGGUUACACCUGACCCUGAGGUAGGAGAGACACUGGUUACACCUGACCCUGAGGUAGGAGAGAGACGCGGGUUACACCUGACCCUGAGGUAUGAGAAAGACGUGGGUUACACCUGACCCUGAGGUAGGAGAGACACGGGUUACACCUGACCCUGAGGUAUGAGAAAUACGCGGGUUACACCUGACCCUGAGGUAGAAGAGAGACGCGGGUUACACCUGACCCUGAGGUAUGAGAGAGACGUGGGUUACACCUGACCCUGAGGUAGGGGAGAGACGCGGGUUACACCUGACCCUGAGGUAGGGGAGAGACGCGGGUUACACCUGACCCUGAGGUAGGGGAGAGACGCGGGUUACACCUGACCCUGAGGUAGAGGAGAGACGCGGGUUACACCUGACCCUGAGGUAGGGGAGAGACGCGGGUUACACCUGACCCUGAGGUAGGGGAGAGACACGGGUUACACCUGACCCUGAGGUAGGGGAGAGACACGGGUUACACCUGACCCUGAGGUAGGAGAGACACGGGUUACACCUGACCCUGAGGUAGGAGAGACGCGGGUUACACCUGACCCUGAGGUAGAAGAGAGACGCGGGUUACACCUGACCCUGAGGUAGAAGAGAGACGCGGGUUACACCUGACCCUGAGGUAUGAGAAAGACGCGGGUUACACCUGACCCUGAGGUAGGAGAGACACGGGUUACACCUGACCCUGAGGUAGGAGAGACACGGGUUACACCUGACCCUGAGGUAGGAGAGACACUGGUUACACCUGACCCUGAGGUAGGAGAGACACUGGUUACACCUGACCCUGAGGUAGGAGAGACACUGGUUACACCUGACCCUGAGGUAGGAGAGAGACGCGGGUUACACCUGACCCUGAGGUAGGAGAGACACGGGUUACACCUGACCCUGAGGUAUGAGAAAUACGCGGGUUACACCUGACCCUGAGGUAGAAGAGAGACGCGGGUUACACCUGACCCUGAGGUAUGAGAGAGACGCGGGUUACACCUGACCCUGAGGUAUGAGAGAGACGCGGGUUACACCUGACCCUGAGGUAGAAGAGAGACGCGGGUUACACCUGACCCUGAGAUCUGCAGAGAACAAGCACGUGGGGAACAUCACCAUCAUUGCCUGGCAGAUAGAGGAGAAGAGGGAUCAGAGGACUCUGCCUGUUGCCAGGUUACCAGACACCAUCAACAGCAGGACCGUGCUUCCAGUGGAUGAGAGCCUGACAGAAUCCAUGGGUGUCAGAGCCAAAUAUGCAUCUUUAUGCAAAGACACCCUGCUGACAUCAGUGUUUGGAGGCACCAUGUCCAGAAUGUACCGUUUCCCCACCACGGACGGUCACCACCUGCGGGUGCUAGAACAGAUGGCUGAAAGUGUGUUGUCUCUCAACAUCCCCAGACAGUAUGUCAAACUACUGCUGGAGGAGGACGCUGUCAGGGUUUGUGAGCUGGAGGAGCUGGGGGAGUUGUCACCAUGCUGGGAGAACCUACGACGACAGAUAGUCACUCAGUACCAGAACAUCAUCCUCGCAUACCAGGAGACUCUCUCUGACCUCACCAACUACAAGGGUCCGUCGUUCAAGGCCAGUAACCUGAAGGCAGAGAGGAAGCUGGAGUUCAUACCCACCAACCUUCAUGUCCAGAGGAUGAGGGUGCAGGAUGAGUCUGGCUUUGACCACACGUAUGACGUGGUGACUAUCGGGGCUCCCGCCGCCCACUACCAGGGCUUCAAGAACAGCGGCCUGCGCAAGCAAAUCACCAAGUUUGAGGAGGCCAAGAAACACGUUUAUGAGGAAGAAUGCAGUGCCCUGUCCAGCUGUCAGUCUAUAGUGUACAUCCCCCAGGACAUUGUCCGGGCCAAGGAGAUCAUCUCCCACAUAAACACCCUGAAGACCCAGGUCAGCUACUAUGCUGAGAGGCUGUCUCGCGCCGCCAAGGACCGCUCUGCCAACGGUCUGGAGAGGACCCUUGCCAUCCUGGCUGAUAAGACUCGCCAGCUGGUGACGGAGUGUGACUGCAAACUGCUGGCCUCGGCCAUCCAGGCGCUGAACGCGGCACGUCCUGAGUACAUCGCCUCCAAGGCGUCACCCUCCGCCGACGCCACCGAUCAAGUAGUCCUGCGCAACGACCAGGACACACUGCUGGCCAAGUGGAGCGGAUGCAACAGCCGGUCCUCGCUGCACGUCGACUGGCACGAGGAGGAGUGGGAGAAGGUGUGGGUAAAUGUAGACAAGAGUCUGGAGUGUAUCAUCCAGCGGGUGGACAAACUCCUUCAGAAGGACCGUCUCCCUGGCAACAGCAGCCAGGGGGACACUACCCCAGGCCACCAGCAGGGCGGCAGCAGUAAGAAAGGUAACCAGAGUACCAGGGCGUUCUGGAUCAACCCCGACUGCAUGACCCAGGAGGAGCCUUCAUCAUCACUACCUUCCUCACCAUCAUCAUCCUCCCUCCUGCCUGCUCUCACCCUGAAUCUGACUCAUGCAUGCCCACCCAGCCCUGACAAAACCCCAUAUGGCAGCCCCAGUGGUGAGGAGGCUUUCCCAGGGGAGUGGAGCGAGGCCCUGUACCCUCUCCUCACCACGCUGACAGAGUGUGUGGCUAUGAUGAGUGACAAGGCUAAGAGCUCCAUGGUGUUCCUGUUGAUGCAGGACAGUGCUCCUACCAUCGCCAUGGACCUCUCCCUGCAGUACAGACGAGACGUGGUCUUCUGCCAGACGCUCACUGCCCUCAUCUGUGGCUUCAUCAUCAAGCUGAGGAACUGUCUCCGUGACGAUGGCUUCCUCAGGCAGCUCUACACCAUCGGCCUGCUGGCCCAGUUUGAGUCUCUGCUCAGCACCUACGGCGAGGAGCUGUCCAUGUUGGAGGACAUGUCGGUUGGCAUCAUGGACCUACGGAACGUUACCUUCAAGGUGACCCAGGCAACCUCCAGCUCCUGCCCCGACAUGCUGCCAGUCAUCACUGGCAACCGGGACGGCUUCAACGUCCGCAUCCCGUUGCCGGAGACCAUGUUUGACGCGUUGCCGCGGGAGAUCCAGAACGGCAUGCUGCUGCGCGUCCAGCCGGUGCUCUUCAACGUGGGAAUCAACGAACAGCAGACGCUGGCAGAGAAGUUUGGAGACACAUCUCUGCAGGAGAUCAUUAACCUAGAGAGUCUGGCCAGACUCAACUCCUACUAUCAACAGUUCAAGGAGGUCCUACCUGAGGACUGCCUGCCCAGGUCCCGUUCCCAGACGUGUCUACCAGAGCUGCUGAGGUUCCUGGGACAGAACGUCCACGCCAGGAAGAACAAGAACGUAGACAUCCUGUGGCAGGCAGCAGAGAUCUGUCGUCGUCUGAAUGGUGUGCGUUUCACCAGCUGUAAGAGUGCUAAGGACCGCACGGCCAUGUCCGUCACCCUGGAGCAGUGUCUGAUCCUACAGCACGAACAUGGCAUGGCCCCACAGGUCUUCUCCCAGGCCCUCGACUGCAUGCGCAGCAUUGGGACCAGGGAGGGGGUCACCCAGAAGAACCUGAGUGGCCUGUUGCCUGUGCGGGAUUUCAGGCUGGACCCCAGCCUGCUGUACUCCCUGCCCCUGCUGGCCCUCAGCCCCAACCUGCUGGUCGUCUGGCUGUUCCUCAGCGUCGCCUACUUCCUGGCCAAGCUCCGCUGCAGCUGAAGGCACAGCCCCUCUGCCACCCAGCCCCACCUACUCUCGACCUCUAUUCACCUCUUCUCUCUGCCCGUUCCCCCCAGUGUGUCCAUCAGUCAGUCAGUCGGUCAGGAAGAAAGGCAAAACGUUAGUUUGUCAGUCAAGGAGGAAGACAGGGAGUCAGUCAGUCGCUCUAUGUCAGUCUGUCGGGAGCUCAGCCGCGAGAACCCUCUGAUUGGUCAAGGGCAGACCGUGUGUACCUGACUGGACUUUAUGUGCGUCACUCGGCUAAACUGCCAGCUGUUCCACCCAAUGGGCAGCCAGCACUCCUCCGGCCCUGCUCUCUGUCCUAACCAAUCCAGUCAGAGCAGGAAGCUGGUCUAAAGGUCUAUGUGCAGUACUGUAUGAGACUGUUACUGUCAGUGUUCUGACAUAUUUCUCAGUUUAACAACCAUUGUUUUACAACAAUCAAAAACAAACUGAGAGUAUGGAGAGAAACUUUGAAAUAUAGCCCUUAAGAAGUUUUAGCUGAAUUUAAUGGAAGUUUUGUCCCAGUUGUCCUUGAGUAUUUAUAAUGCCGCUUCCCAACUCAUGACAUGAUUAUAACCAUGCUAUUAUGAUAAUAUGAUGCCAUGGAUCCUUUGGUUUUGCACAGAGCUUAUUUUCAGUCAUGCAAAUGUUCUGGCUUGCUUGACGUUUACGUCUUCCAUAAGGUUUGCAUACAGCAUAAGCCAAGGGACGGCUUGGCCAUGCAAUAUCAAGCUGAUGUUGUUUUGAUCUGGUGGCCAUUUUGUUGUUGUUCCUCGGGCCUUCCUACUCUUACAGCAGGAGAGACUUGUGUCCACGUUCACUUUAAACCAAUGCACUUUUGUAUCAACGUUGUCAUCUUAAUGAAGGUUAUUUGCUUGUCUUGCCAAUUGACACAGUUUCAUCUUGGUCGGAGCAAUUUGAAUUGGCUAAUUCUGGGAAUGUAUGAUAUUUCAGGGGAGCUUUGUUGGCUUGUUGGAUUAUGCAGUGUAGUUUUUCCAAAGUGUUAAACUAAAAAUUAUCAGAUUUAAUUUCAUGCCUGUACCAAGUUUCCUAUUUACUAUAGAGUUUGUAUAUAUGAAUUGGUUCUUUGUUUGAGAACCUAUAAGGGUUGCAGUUCUAUGGAAAUGACAGAGAAGAUGAAGAGAAUGUACAUGGGCGAACCUCAUGGCUCCCUACCACCAAAUGAUGCACUACCUCUUACCAGUAGUGCACUAAAUAUAGGGGAUGAUUUGAGACACAGCCCAUGCUUGUUGUGCCAAAUGUUUUAGCCAGGUCUCAGAUGGUAGAUACAGGUCUUGGAUCUUUAUUCCAGGUCAAAGUAUUACUUCCACAUCUCCCAGCAGCCCAAAUCCAUCCCGCUUCCACAGAGAAGUGCCCUAGAAAGGGAGAUUUGAUAUCAGACUCUUUGGGUUACUUCCAAGCCUUGCACUCUGGACUUCCUGGUGUCUGCCGAGAGAGUCCACACACCAUUCUCAUAUACAGUAGUUGCUAUCUAGUCCCAUAAAAACAUGAUUAGCUAUCUAAUGGUAUAUGCACUCAUUAAUAUGUAGACUAGUGGUAUUAUCGUUUUCCAGCCCCAUAGCCUCUCUCCAUUUGAAUCAGUAUAAUACCUGUCUUCAGUGUUACGUCCCAAGACGGUCACACUCAAUCCAAUCUAAAGUGACCUACUAAAGAAAUGGACCAUCCGUCCCAAAAUAGCCUCUGUGAGAUUGUCACGCUUGUCUUACAUCCCCUCCACCCCUCAUUUCCAACUCCUCGACACCCACAAUGGAAAACUGGAGGGAUUCUUUUGUCCUUGUUGGUUGAGCUUUAUGCAACCUUCUUAUAGGCCUCUCACAUGUGUGACUAGUAUGAAAGCUAGGCUGGGUUUAAUGGUGUAUUUAGGUUAGUUCAAUGGUUUAGUUUAGAAUAUUCAGAGGUUUUUUAUUUUUACCGAUUUUUGUGCAAUGUUACUAUUUUACAUGAUCAACAAAUACGUAAGUACAUGCAGUAUUUCUUUCUCAGUAUUCUACAGUAUUUACUUUUUCAGUCUUGUAAAUCCAUAUUGUAAAUUAUAGAAAUGUAUAAAAUCAGAUCAUCUAUUGAUAAGUAUACUGGUGUAGAACUACCUCUAUUGUCCCAUGAAAACACCAUCUGACUGUCAGCCAUGGGAGGAGAUUGAGGGGACAGCCAGGGGAAAAUGUGCUCCAUGAGAGCAUCACCCAAAGUCUGUCCCAAAUGGUACACUUUUCCCUAUGUAGUGCACUAAUUUUGACCAGAACCCUAUAGGUCCUGGUCAAAGUAGUGUACUAUAUAGGGAAUAGGGCGCCAUUUAGGACACAUCCCCAGUAUGUACAACGUUAGGAUGGCGUUUGCUUCAACCAAAUGUGAAAUAGCUCCUCCUGCUGGUUGGUAAUGAUACUACAGAAGCUUGUCACCCAGUCUGUCCUAAGAAAAGAGUUGGAUUGCUCCAUUCUGGGGAUACAUGGAGCCCAUUCUAAAGUUGUAGAGAAUUGCAGGAUGUGCUGGUGGCAGUUUGUUCUGCUGGUGUAUUUAAUUCCCAUGAAGAAACCCACUGCGUUAAACUUGUUGUAACCAUAGUGAUGCUAAAUCCAGGAAUAUUCCAACUAAAACCAAGUUCCUGACUCAAUUCUCAAGUUUUAUUUUUCUGUUUCUCUUGAAUUCCUUAGUGCUUUUGACGAUAGAGAAUAUAUUUAUAUUGUGUUGCAUUAUAUUUUCAUGCUUGUCUGUCUAAAUACUCAAUAUUUGCUAAAUAUAUGUAUUCUUAUGGAAAGUUUGAUGUGAUUACAUCAUCGUCAUGCAGGUGUCACUAUAAUGAGAGGGAGAAAUUCUAGUUGCUGUUCCAGAUAUCAUUGUAUUAACCCUUGUCUGGUACUUUGCCAAGUUCCAACCAAUAUCAGGGUUGCUUGGAUAACCAUUUAUGAAUAUGCUCUGAAAUACUAUCCUUUCUCCCUUUCUCUCUGACGUGGUAGACUUUUCUCCCCUUCUCUCGGUUUCUCUCUGAAAUAGUAGACUUUUCUUCCUUUCUCUCUGAAAUAGUAGACUUUUCUUCCUUUCUCUCUGAAAUAGUAGACUUUUCUCCCUUUCGCUCUGAAAUGGUAGACUUUUCUCCCGUUCUCUCUGAAAUAGUAGACUUUUCUUCCUUUCUCUCUGAAAUAGUAGACUUUUCUUCCUUUCUCUCUGAAAUAGUAGACUUUUCUCCCUUUCUCUCUGAAAUAGUAGACUUUUCUCCCUUUCGCUCUGAAAUGGUAGACUUUUCUCCCGUUCUCUCUGAAAUAGUAGACUUUUCUCCCUUUCUCUCUGAAAUAGUAGACUUUUCUUCCUUUCUCUCUGAAAUAGUAGACUUUUCUUCCUUUCUUUCUGAAAUAGUAGACUUUUCUUCCUUUCGCUCUGAAAUAGUAGGCGUUUCUCCCGUUCUCUCUGAAAUAGUAGGCGUUUCUCCCGUUCUCUCUGAAAUAGUAGGCGUUUCUCCCGUUCUCUCUGAAAUAGUAGGCGUUUCUCCCGUUCUCUCUGAAAUAGUAGGCGUUUCUCCCGUUCUCUCUGAAAUAGUAGGCGUUUCUCCCGUUCUCUCUGAAAUAGUAGGCGUUUCUCCCGUUCUCUCUAAUGCUUCUCUCUGAAAUAGUAGACUUUUCUUCCUUUCGCUCUGAAAUAGUAGGCGUUUCUCCCGUUCUCUCUAAUGCUUCUCUCUGGAAAGUGAAAAAGCAGUCAAUUAGUCAGCAGCCCAAAGAAUCAGCUUUAAUGUUGUUAUAUUAUAAACGUCAUGCAAUAAACGUCAUGCCAAAUGUAUCAGAGGAGAAGGUGUAUACUUCACUAUAGAGUAUUUGAAUAGUUCUGUUUGUUUUCCCUGGAAUGGAACUGUUGCAUUGAAAUUAGAAUGUAGAACAUUUAAGUCUGUGCGUUUUGCUAUUGCUCUUGUUUCACUUUAUCUGUGGUGCUCGUAACUCUAUCUAGAAAGCAGGUCUUCUGUACACAGUAUUAGUGUUCUGUACCGCUCCCUCCAACAACAUCCCCAUAUUCCCCGGGACAAUCCGUCCAUUCGCUUUAGCUUUGCCCACAUGUUUCUUUGACAGUGGCGUCAAUGUGUUGGUUGGUUUUUGGGUUUCUCAUUGUCUUUUAACACGAGCCCUGUUUUGUUUUGUUUUCUUCACUUUGCUGUCAUCCUCUCUAUCUGUGCUUGCCCUCCCUCCCUCCCUCUCCCCCUCCCCUCCCUCCCUCUCC